CCCCUCUCCCCGACCCACCGCCCGCCCGCGGCUCCGGGAGCGCCAAGUCCGGGCAGCGGGAGCAGCGCCGCGGAGCACCGGGAGUGACUGGGGAGAGCACCGGGAGUGUCUGGGACGAGCACCGGGAGCGUCUGGGACGAGCACAGGGAGCGCCAAGUCCGAGCAGACGCACCGGUAGAUCGGGACACCGCGAGCCGUCCCGCCGGGAACCCGGGGCAGGCGGUCAGGGGUAACCGGGAGCCGUCCGGGCAGCACUGGGCACGGCGGGUCCCGUCACCGGGAGUCAUCCCGGCGGGAGCUGAGACUAUCCAGCCACCGGGAGCCGUCCAGCCAGCGGCGGGCACGGCAGAGCUGAGCACCAGGAGCCAUCCAGGCAGCCCCGGGCACGGCACACUCGGACGGGAGGACGGGCCGUCCGGCUGGGCACCGGGCACAGUAAUUCGGGGCUCAGGGGCUCGGGGCACCGCCAUGGCCCCCCCCGGCGUGCUGCCCGCCCUGGCCUGGCUGCUGGCGGGGCUGAGCGUGCCGGCGCCGUGCCGGGCCCAGCUGCACGGCGAGAAGGGCAUCUCCAUCCCCGACCACGGCUUCUGCCAGCCCAUCUCCAUCCCGCUCUGCACUGACAUCGCCUACAACCAGACCAUCAUGCCCAACCUGCUGGGCCACACCAACCAGGAGGACGCGGGGCUGGAGGUCCACCAGUUCUACCCGCUGGUGAAGGUGCAGUGCUCCCUGGAGCUGAAGUUCUUCCUGUGCUCCAUGUACGCCCCGGUGUGCACGGUGCUGGAGCAGGCCAUCCCGCCGUGCCGCUCCAUCUGCGAGCGGGCGCGCCAGGGCUGCGAGGCCCUCAUGAACAAGUUCGGCUUCCAGUGGCCGGAGCGGCUGCGCUGCGAGAACUUCCCCCGGCACGGCGCCGAGCAGAUCUGCGUGGGGCAGAACCACUCGGAGGACGGCGGCUCGCCGGCGCUGCUCACCAGUGCCACGCCGCUGGCCGGCCAGGGCACCCCCGGCGCCCCCCGCUACGCCACCCUCGACCACCCCUUCCACUGCCCGCGGGCGCUGAAGGUGCCCAGCUACCUCAACUACAAGUUCCUGGGGGAGAAGGACUGCGCGGCGCCCUGCGAGCCCGCCCGGCCCGACGGCCACAUGUUCUUCAACGAGGACGAGAUCCGCUUCGCCCGCAUCUGGAUCCUCAUCUGGUCCGUGCUGUGCUGCGCCUCCACCUUCUUCACCGUCACCACCUACCUGGUGGACAUGCAGCGCUUCCGCUACCCCGAGCGGCCCAUCAUCUUCCUCUCGGGGUGCUACACCAUGGUGUCGGUGGCCUACAUCGCCGGCUUCGUGCUGGAGGAGAGGGUGGUCUGCAACGAGCGCUUCCAGGAGGACGGGUACCGCACGGUGGUGCAGGGCACCAAGAAGGAGGGCUGCACCAUCCUCUUCAUGAUGCUCUACUUCUUCAGCAUGGCCAGCUCGAUCUGGUGGGUCAUCCUCUCCCUGACCUGGUUCCUGGCCGCCGGCAUGAAGUGGGGCCACGAGGCCAUCGAGGCCAACUCCCAGUACUUCCACUUGGCCGCCUGGGCCGUGCCGGCCGUCAAGACCAUCACCAUCCUGGCCAUGGGGCAGAUCGACGGGGACCUGCUGAGCGGCGUCUGCUUCGUGGGCCUCAACAACAUCGACCCUCUGCGGGGCUUCGUGCUGGCCCCGCUCUUCGUCUAC